GCGGCCAGUGCUGUGGCUGGCUGACUGCUCACGUGGAAUAAUCUGGAAACUUGGGAGCCGUCACGCUGGGUCUGAGGGCCGGUGGAACAGACUGUGGCACCUUUAGAAGCUGAGUUGAUCUAAAGACACAGAUGGCUGAAAGUGGUAAAAAGGAAAAGAUAAAAUGGACAACCACCAUUAUUAUUAGUUCAUCUCUUAAGAGCCAUGAAAUUGCAACUGCUCUAGAAAGUCGGAGCCACAAGGUUCGGUAUUCAGAUUCAGUGGGAAAUGGAUCAAUUAUAUUUUCCCUUUCAGGAGUUGCAUUUUUAUUGAUGGAUGCUAAAGAAUGCAUUAUGUCAGCUGAAGAAAUGUAUCUAGCCAAAAUUGAGAAGUUUAUUAACAUUCACCAAAAUAGCUUUUUGGUUCUGUCUGCAGCCCUCCAUGGGCCUGAAGAAUGGAAACUGAUGUUCAGGAUUCAGCAGAGAUUCAUGGGCAGUAAUUUACGAAUACUUCCAGUCCACGACACAGGAAAUGCAGUUACUCUUAUGAGCACCAUAGCUAAGACGGCCUCCAAGCCAUGCAUCAAUAACAUCUGCUGUAGAAUGGCCACAACCAAAGCUUACAUUAUCGAACAAAGUCCUGUUUGGAAAACCCUUCAGAAGAUAAAACUGAAUGGGGAUCCAAUUCACCCAAAUUAAGAGUGUCAAUUAUAAAUGUACUUUAGAAAUAAUCAGAUCUGCUGAAGUAAAGUGUCAAAUACAUAUUUAUUUUACUUAAAAACAAAUAUACAAUUAAAAAUUAUUUCAUUUU